AUGGAUUUCCUCAAGCGAUUCACGAAACAGUCUUCCCCACCGUCCAAUGAUACACCAGACCCAUAUGCAGACGACGACGUCUACCCAGUGCAUGGACUAGAUGACACCAAGACCUUUCGUAGCAUCAUAAUUGCGUGGACACUAUGCUUCAACGACGUUCUUGAUGCAGACAAGCUCCAGUCCUCUCUAGCAAAGCUCCUGGAGACCGGGGACUGGAGGAAGCUCGGAGGCCGCUUGAGACUCAACGACAAGGGCGCAUUAGAGAUCCACGUGCCACGCCAGUUCACAUCUGCGCGACCCGCCUUCUCGUACAGCCAUGUCACCAUCAACACUUCCAUCGAAGAACACGAACUGGGCAAGAAGCUUCCCAAAGCCAACGGAGCCGUUGUGACAUGUCCAGGGCCCACGGAGUUCAACGACCUGGCUGCUCGCUCCGACGCGCCCAUGACGUUGGAUGAUCUUACCUCUGGAGAUACGCCACAGAUCUCAGUUCAUAUCACCUCUUUUACUGAUGCGACGCUCGUGGGGCUCUCCUGGCCCCAUACGCUGAUGGACGUAAUCGGCAACCAAAACCUCCUGCGCGCCUGGUCUCUGGUAUUAGCCGGGAAAGAGUCCGAAGUACCGCCUGUAUUGGGUGCGCAGGAAGAUGCGCUACGUGCACUGACUGACAACGCGACUCAGCCGGCAGAGGAGUACAUACUCAAGGCCAAACAGCUCAAAGGGCUGAGUAUGGUCAAAUUUGGGGCGAGGUUCGCGUGGGAUAUGCUUACCGGCCCUGCUCCAAAGUCACAGACGAUCUACCUGCCCAAGGACGUCGUAGCAAAACUGCGGGCGGCGGCCGAGAAAGAUCUCCCCACGCAAAAGAACGACAGUGGCCUAGACGAGAAACCGUUCAUAAGCGAUGGCGACAUCCUCACAGCAUGGACUCUCCGCUGCAUCGCAUCAUCCCUCCCAUCACCCCGCCCCCUAACCGCCCUCCACGCCAUGAACGCGCGCUUCCGCCUCCCCGACCUCAUCAACGCAAAAGGUAUGUACAUGCAAAACAUGCUCGUCCCAGGCUUCAUCUUCGUCACCCCAGACAUGUCCACCGGCCCCCUCGGUCCCACCGCCCUGCACAACAGACAAAGUCUCCUCGCCCAAGCAACCGAAGGCCAAGUCCUCGCCAGCAUCCGCGAGCAGCGCAUCUCCGGCGACCCAUCUACGCUCCUCUACAGCGACGCAGAUGCGAUGUUGGUGCCUUUUACCGAUUGGUCGAAAGCCAAAUUCUUUUCUACUGUCGACUUUGGGCCUGCGGUUGUGAGGGCUGGGGAUACGAGGGAGGGGAGAAGUAAUCCGCCUGGUAUGCCUGCGUUUCAUCAUUGCUCGAGUAGGAAACCGAAUGUGGCGAAUAGGCUGUUGGUGCAUAUUCUGGGGAGGGAUCAUGCAGGGGGGUAUUGGUUGAGCUUGAUUAUGUCGCCGAAGGCUUGGGAGAAUGUUGAGGAGAGCUUGAGGGAGUUGAGUCGAUGGGUGGGAGGUGAUGAGGUGAUGCGCUGA